CACACACACACACACACACGUAGUUUCAUCUAAUUUUAAACAUCACUAAACAUUGUUGCUUUCAAUCUGUCUGUUUGUCCCUCUCUCAUUUCCGUCCUUCUACACGUCGGACCGUUCCCUAUCGGGCUAAACAUUUCAGUUGCUCUGUAGUUAAUUUUGAUCAACAGUAAAGUAUGAACUUUAAAAUGGUUUGCGUUUACUUUCUGGUUCCCUUGUUUUCCGGUAUCCUUGUGUCGUGUGUGUACGUUACAGAACCUCUGACGCCAAUUUGGGGCCAGGCGAAGACGGGACAUCAGACCGGAUGUUUGUUUACAAAUAUUCAAGAACAAGCAUUUGCUUCUAUCUUCAUAAAAGAGAAGUUCUCAAAGAAGAUUAGACGCAUGGAUAAGAGUGCAGAUAUUGAUUUCACUCAGAAAAGACUACCUUGCAAAACUGAAGGAUUCAUUAAUACCUGUUUAUUUCCAGUGACUUCAGGCAAAAAGGAUUAUAAUGUCUCGCUCAUAUUUUUUGUUUAUGUCGAGUUUUUAUCAAUUCAUAUUCGUCUGAAUACUAUUGAAUGCAAUUUCAUCGUAGAAAACAACCAGCAAAAGCAUUUUAGAAUCACGUUAAAUUCAACCAGACCAAUGUUUUUUAAUGUCCAUGAUGUUGUAACAUCCAGAUAUCAUUCAAAAUUUUGUCUCUCUCAAAAUAAGAAGCGGGCUUUCUUCCGCAUCAACCUGGGAUGCUUUGAGAAAUGGUGGCCGAAACUAACGUAGUAAAAGAGGACGUAAAACAAUGAUUAAUGAAACUAGAACAUAGAUGCUACUCCAGUGCCAAA